AUGAUAAAGUGCUUGUGGAAUCUGUGUAAGAAGGCUGAUAAUAUGUGGGUUAAGUGGAUCCACAUGUAUUAUUUGAAAGGGAAAGAGAUCAUGACAAUGCAAGUGUCUACAAGCUGGUCAUGGAUUUUCAAAAGGAUUAUGGAGAUGAGAGGAACUGUUAUGCAAAUACCGGUGGAAUGGAAUCGAUUGCUUGCCUCCAAUAGAUUUCAGAUGACUAUGUUGUACAAUGAGCUCAACAAGAGGGUUGAAAAAGUAGAUUGGAGAUAUAUCUUCUACAAGAACAAAGCCAGGCCACGGGCACAAUUCAUUGCUUGGCUGAUAUGUCAUGGUAAACAAGCAAGCAAGGAUAGAUUGGUUAGGUUCAACAUGUUAACUGAUGCCACCUGUGAGCUGUGUAGGAACUGUGAAGAGUCCAGAGAUCACCUCUUUUUUGAGUGCCCUUCUAACUAUGAUAUUUGGAAACAAAUCCUGCACUGGUUGAGCUAUGAUCACAGUCCCCAGCCGUGGAAUGAAGAAUUAAGGUGGAUUAUGCAUGAAACUUCGAGGAAGGGAAGCAAGGCACAGAUCCUGAGAAUAGCUUUUGUUGAGACUCUCUAUGCACUACGCCAAAAAGGCCUUUAG